CUAACAGGCACCACUGCCUAUAAUUCAUUGAGAUUUGUUCUUGUUUUGUUGAUACCUAGGAGCUAACCUUGUUGAAGAUGAAGAACACCACCAUUUGUAUUUCUCAGAAGGACCCUAAACGGAGGAGGUUAUUCUUUCGUUCAUGUCUCCUUUCUACCCUGCUUUUGAUUUCUGCUGUUUUCUUCUGUGGGAGCCAUUUAGUUGUAACAGAUUACAAAGAGAAGUUUUUAUCAUGGGGAUUGAUUGAUGCUAUGCACAAUGCAAUAUCUAAUAGAUGCGAGGCUCAAUGCAGACCUAAGGAAAUUGAGUCAUUACCUAAAGGUAUUGUGUCCAAGACCUCUGACUUUGUAAUGCAACCAUUAUGGGGACCCCGAACUCCAAAGAAACCAAAGUCAUCAACAAACUUAUUGGCAAUUGCAGCUGGAAUCAAGCAAAAAGAAAGUGUAAACAAAAUUGUAAAAAAGUUUCUAUCCAGCGAUUUCGUUGUGAUGCUGUUUCAUUAUGAUGGUAAUGUAAAUGACUGGAGAGAUUUGGAAUGGAGUGGUCAGGCCAUACAUGUAUCUGCUAUGAAUCAAACCAAGUGGUGGUAUGCUAAGCGAUUUUUACACCCGGAUAUUGUUUCUGAGUAUGCAUUUAUCUUCCUUUGGGAUGAAGACCUUGGAAUUGAACACUUCAAUGUUGGAAGGUAUCUAUCAAUUAUUAGAAAAGAGGGGCUUGAAAUUUCACAGCCAGGACUUGAUCCUGAACACUCGGAGGUGCAUCAUGAUCUUACAGCAAGAGAUAAUAGAUCAGAAGUACAUAGGAAGAUAAACAAGAUAAUUCGUGGCGGAUGGCGUUGCGAUGAUAAUAGCACAGGUCCUCCAUGCACAGGGUUUGUUGAAAUGAUGGCUCCUGUUUUUUCAAGAGCAUCCUGGAGCUGUGUGUGGCAUAUGAUUCAGAAUGACUUAGUUCAUGCAUGGGGCUUGGAUUUUCAGCUUGGUUAUUGCGCGCAGGGUGAUCGAACCAAAAAUAUCGGAAUUGUUGAUUCUGAGUACAUUGUUCAUUAUGGUCUUCCUACACUAGGGGGUUCUGCAGCAAACAAAACAAAUGCUGACGAACAGGAUCAAGCUGUUAAAAAUAUAAGCUUGCCUAAUGCAGAACAACUGGGGGCACCAUCGCAGUCAUCUCCAUCUGACCCUAGAACUGAGGUGAGGAAGCAAUCCUUUGUUGAACUAGAAAGAUUCAAGAACAGAUGGAAAAAGGCAAUUAGAGAAGAUAAUUGCUGGGUUGAUCCAUACCAAUGGCCACCACAGCUGAAUAAAAAAUAGAGCUUAACUGCUUAUCAGCAGAAAUCGACCACAUUUAUCAAAAAGCUAUUGAUUUUACAGCCACUCACAGCAUACAUAAUAUGGUAAAAAUAAGACACUACAGCAGAUUCCAAAAUUUAUACACAACCUUUAGUAUUAUAGAUCAUUCAUUCAUUACUAACAAAACAAGUUUGGUGUAUAAUUUCUGUCUUUGUCCUAACAAAAAAUCAAUGUAAAAAGUGCGGCAGUCACAUAAGCUUGUAAUUGGAUGAUCCAUUUAUUUUUUACAAUUUAUUAAAUACAAAAUUCUGUUUU